GUGCUAUGUGGCAGCUGCCAUUAACCCCUCGCAAUUGACUCCAGCACUCGAGACUUGCAAACACCCGACCACCGACGCUCCAGGGCAGGGUGGCUUCAGUAUUCCGUCGUCCGGCAGCUUGCGUUUGAUAGUGAAGUGGCUUCAAGCACGCGCAUGGCGUUGACUCGAGUUGCCGACUCGCAUGUGCUCCGCCAAAUGUCGACUUAGACCGACUUAGACUACACUACAUGUGGGUGAAAAUGCUCAUGGGUCUUGUACUCAUGUACCAUCUCAUACAGACAGUCGCUACCAAGCUCUGCUGUGAUAUAUUGCGAGUCAACACAGGCGCCGGACCAAAUUUACUGGGGCCCCUCCUUAAAGAACAUCUAACUACUACUUCUUCAUUUUAUGAUUCUACCAGAACUGUAGAUCGCAUAAGUAUCAAUAUUCUAUACUCAGCAACUUGAUACUCUUUCAAUCGUAUAGAGCAGGUUUUAAAGGCCCAAAUCUAGUUUAUCUUAUAGUAUUAGAUCAAAGCUGAAGAAGCUUACACGUUAUCUUAAGCACCUUCGUGCAGUAUUUCUUGAUAACUACAAACCCUAGAAUUAUGUAGAAGAUGAAGAUUAC